AUGGAGAACCGCCCCGGUGUCCCACUUUUCUUCAGGGGGAUUCGUCCUCGCUGCCACACUCAGGGUCUUACUUGGAGAGAACCUGUAAUUCAGUACCACCACCAGUGCUGUGAGCAUGCUAGUGCAACCCCGCCAGCCAAAUCUAGUUCCGAGAUCCCCCUCGGCGAGAGCGCCUUGACCUUCAAGCUCGCUAUUCCACCAGGUGCCCCUAAUACCCACCUCACCCAUCCGCCCAUUAACGCCGCUGGUGAAAACUAUAUUCUCUCAGCAUGUAAGCCUGAUGAUCCCAUCGCAAAGGAGCGGGUUAGGGAGAACACCAAGCUCCUCGUGGACUCUGGGAUUGCUGAGACACUUUGCAUCGACCGGGCACUAGAUGCCUCCCUCUUUGAGAAAACUGAGGCCUCCAAUGCAUCUUAUGAUAAUGCCGAGAUCAAGCGACAGCGUGCUCAUGAAGCCCACUCGCGCUUCUGGGACGCAAUAAUAGGCGGAGCCGACAAGGUCCUUGGAAGAUGCCCCGACGAGUCGUAA